UGGGGUGGAGGCGGGCGCGGGCGCAGGCGGCGCCGCCCAGCGCGCAAGGGGCCGGAGCCUUCUCCGGAGCGCUUCCCCCGGCCGGCCGCGGUAGGCGCGAUCCAGAGGUCAUCUUGGAGAAACAAAGUUCCAGGAGCUCCUUGGGCCCCCCCUUGGACCUCGCCAACCCUCCCCAUGGCUUCCAAACUCCUGCGCGCGGUCAUCCUGGGGCCCCCCGGCUCGGGCAAGGGCACCGUGUGCCAGAGGAUUGCCCAGAACUUUGGCCUCCAGCAUCUCUCCAGCGGCCACUUUCUGCGCGAGAACAUCAAGGCCCGCUCGGAGGUUGGUGAUAUGGCCAAGCAGUACAUUGAGAAAGGACUGUUGGUUCCCGACCAUGUGAUCACGAGACUCAUGAUGCUGGAGCUAGAGAACCGGCGUGAUGAGCACUGGCUGCUGGAUGGUUUUCCAAGGACAUUAGUUCAGGCGGAAACCCUGGAUAAGAUCUGCGAAGUGGACCUCGUGGUCACCCUGAACAUCCCAUUCGAAACGCUCAAAGACCGACUUAGUCGACGCUGGGUUCACCCUCCUAGUGGAAGAGUCUACAACCUGGACUUCAAUCCACCUCAUGUGCAUGGCAUUGAUGACAUCACUGGUGAGCCACUGGUCCAGCAAGAGGAUGACAAACCUGAAGCAGUUGCUGCUCGGCUCAGACAGUACAAGGAUGUGGCGAAGCCAGUCAUGGAACUAUACAAGAGUCGAGGAGUGCUGCACCAGUUUUCUGGAACGGAGACGAACAAAAUCUGGCCUUACGUCUACACGCUUUUCUCCAACAAGCUCACACCUGUUCAGUCCAAGGAAGCGCACUGAGUCAGCUGGGGGGUCCAGGAAGGUGUCAGCGUGCUCCAUCCCCACGGGACACCCCAGCUGCUUGCUUGUGGCAUCUUUUCUUGGUUAAAAGGUGAACUGAACUGAAAACAAGGAGUGGAAAGAGCUGAUGAAGAGGCUCUUCUCUGACUUUAGAAGACUCAACGGCUGGGGCUGUGAUGCAUCUUCGAGCACCCAGCCUGGCUGCACUGUAGGCUGGGAGACUUCUGUUCCCUCUUGCCUGCUGCUCCUUCCUGAGCAAGAUAAUAGGGGUGAUCUCUGGUCCCCCUCAUCCCCCGAUGUUGGCUUGAGUGCAGCCUCAGUGAGCCUGAGCCCAGGUCUUGUCAGUUUCCAUAGUCUGUGCCCUCCUAGCUAUAAUGAACUUCUCUGACCGAGAGUGGCCCAAUUCCUGGUUCUUUUUUUUUUUUUUUUUUUUCUGUUAAAAGUGUCACUAACUUUUCUGUAUUUGCUCAAUAGAAUCGUUCUGUGGA